AUGUCCAGAGAACCAGGCUGGGAUUCCAAAUUUGGAAUUGAAGUUGGCGUUGAGUACGAGCCACCAUAUGCAACAGGAGGUGUGGGCUUUGCGGCAAAAACCAAUUUCAAUUAUGAAUGGGGAGGAGAUGAGGAAGAUACCACUGUCAACGAAGACUGGCAUAUUCUAACGGUGACUGACAAGAAACAACUUCCACCGAAAACAUUUGCAGAAUGGCAUGCAUUCAAAAAGCCCGAAAAAGUAACCCUUCCUUACACAGCUACCAUCGUGCCUUCAUUCACCGUUAAACUGGAAGGCUACAUGAAAUGGGGAGGCGGUUAUCAUGGAGCUACUACCAAUUUUCAUCAGGAUCAUCGUGGCUCUGGUGAUCGUAGAAAUGUAGAGCACUCUUUUGGAACUGCUGAGAUACCGUUCUACGAAGACCUCAAAAACCAGAUUGAGCAAAACAUGUUACCUUGGCAAUGGCAUGCUAUGAAGCAGAAUUACCCAUAUGCAAACUACUUCAUCGAUCAGCUAACAAAUAAAGAUCUCUAUGCAUUCACUAUGGCAGGUCAGUUUGAAGAAACCACAGAAAACGAGAUAAAGUCCUAUUGGUAUCCAUCACGACCCAUCGGCGAAAUGGAAGACGCAAUUACAAAUUUAACUUUAAUGGCUGACCAGGGAGAAAAGUUUCCGGAGUUUCCACGUAUCCGUCCUCCGCCACCAAACGUCAAGACCAUUGACAACAGUAAGGAGACGAAGAUCCCUCCUGUUAAGCAGUUUAACGACGAUGAUGGCGGAGAAGCUGAGCCUAUCACGUUCCCUCGCGUUCAUCCUCCAGCACCUAAGGUGAAGACCAUCGACAACAGUAAAGAGAUAAAGCCUCCUCCUGUCAAGCAGUAUAGUGAUUAA